UAGAACGCAGGCGCCGACAGUUAGCAGAGGAGCUGCAGCUGGACAGGGGGUGCCUAGAGCUCCCCUGGGCCACUCUCCACGGACCUUAUGCAUUCAUCCUGGGUGGCAGAGACUCAGGACACCUCGUGACUGACCCAGGGGCCUAGGAUGGAGACAGACGACCCCUCCCAGCUGGUGACCCCUGCGUCGGUGAAAGCCGUCAUCUCUAGGAUUGAGACUGCCCAGCUAAUAAGGGCCCACGAGGAUAUUUCUACCCAGCUCUCAGACAUCUUGGGCAAUGUCAACUCUGUCAUCAGCCGCUUCCAGGAAGAGUUAGGAUACAGACUGAAAGAAAAGGCAGACCAGACGAGCAGGCAGAGAUUCAUGUUGCUGGAGAAGAUCGCCUCCUUCUCCAGAGACGCUAAAGCCAAGGAGAAGCAUCUAUACGAGAUCCUCCGCUGGCUGAGUGACUGGGGUGAAAGUCUGAGCUACGAAAUCAGACACAGGGAGAGUGAGGAAGAAGAGCGAGUCCAGAACCAAUGGAUUCAAGUGAUGGAGGAAGUGUUGCCUCUUUCCCUUGUUGCCACCAAGGGUGGCAUUGAGACCCUCAUCUCGCUCUGCUCCACCCUCAUUGAAGAGCAAAGGAAAAAGACACAAAUAUCCCGACACAGCUUUUGGCAGGGCUGGUGGGGAAAAGGUCCCCAAAAAUCCACAGCUCACCCGGAGCCCCUAAGUCCACAGCAGAUGCUCCAGGACAGGCACACCACCUUCACCAAGGUCUCCGAGGUGAAAUCCAUGCUACAGGAGCUCCUGGACUCCACCAUGUUCAACAAGGGGGAGGUCAAGGCCAUUGGUUACAUGUCCGCCACGGUGGAGAACCUCCAUCAGGCCUUGGUGCUUCAGCAGAAAGAGAACAGGAACCUGGAGACCAAGUACCAGUCCCUGAAGACAGAGAUGACCUCAGAGCUCAACAGCCAGAGGCUGCACUUCCAGAAGUCCGUUCAAGCCCUGGAGAGCAAGAGGGACGCGCUGCUGAGGCGACAGGAAGUCCUGGGGGGGAAGUACCAUGACCUCCUCCUCACCAAGCACGCUUUGGAGUUCCAGUUAAAGCAGCUGCAGAUGGCAGGAGAUCAAGCAGAAGUCGAGGUCCAUGCAGACUCCACAAGCCCCUUAGAGAAAGAGACCUUCCCAAAGCAGCCAAGAGUCACACAGCAAACCCAUCAGGAACCACAGAAGCAGGGGCGAUUGUUUUCUCCCAUUUCCCCAAGCCCAGUGACCGUGGCCUGGGACAGCAGUGUCAUGCCCUCAAUGCGUCCACCGCUGUCCACCAUGGCCAUGCAGUCGAGGGUCGCAGAUAUGUUCAACAGAGAGGGCAGAGGGAGCCUGGAGCCUCCACUGAUCCCCUCAUCAGAACUCAAGUUUUCCAAGACAUGGGAAAGCCCAGGAUUGGAAAGCCCAGACCAUGGAGAUGGAGGCCAAAAGAGUCAGGAGCAGGAGGAGCUCCUUGUUCACUCCCAUGCGGGAGAGCAGCCGUCCCCCGGGGGCCCCAGCCAGGCUCACCCGGAGAGCCAAGGGCAGUGCCUGGAGAAGGAGUUCACCUGGGAGGAGGAGACAGGGUUGCAGCAGCCGGAAAGGGCGGUCCAGGAGCAAGUGGAGGCGCUGCGGCAGUGGGACACCAAAGUGGCCACCCAUAGGCAGCCGCAGAGGUCUGUCCCACAGGGAAAGCAGCCAAGGAGCCCACGGAAGGAGCCGGGGCAGCAGGUGCAGCAAUCAGAUGAGAAGGUCUUCACAGCAACCAGUCGAAAGAGGAACAAGGAGAAGACGGAGCCACCGUCAGCACCUCCCCCAAGCCGGGCCCAGUCGGCUGGUGUAGACAGGCGGCCACACCUGUCCCGGUCCCCUAACACCCAGCUCAGGGCUGUGAGUGCCGUAGACAGGCGGCUACACCUGCCCCGGUCCCCUAACACCCAGCAGCUCAGGACCAUGAGUGCAGCGGAGUCUGCGGGGAAACCAUGGGCUUGCCGGGCUCCUCCCACAAAGCCCAAGAAAUCCGCCUCCUUCCCCAUCCCUGGGACGCCCAUCCGCAGGGCCCACCGGCCCUCUUGGCAGAGAUCUCCAGGCAGUGCCAGGGAGAAGGUAUUCCACAUGGACUUGGAGGCCCAGCGGAAGAACCUGCAGCUCCUGAAUGAGGCGUCAGAGGCGGGGCUGCCCCAUCACCUGCGCAGCAAGGCAUCGGAGCUCAUCACUACCACGCUGGAGCUGGGAGUGCUCCGGCUACAGUGUUUGUGCCACAAGUACAUCCUGCAUAGGCGCCUCCAGGGCCUCCGCCUGAACGUGAUGAGCCACAUACAGGUCAUGCGAGAGUGGGGGGCUGCGCACCAGGCAGGGGACUUCUGUGGCGUGCUGGAGCGUCUGGACCGCCUGCAGAGCCUGAGGCUGCAGGCCUGGGCUGACAGGCAGAGGCGCCUGGAGGAGCAGCGCCAGGAGUGCCUGAGCAGCAUGGCAGCCAUAUUCCCCAAGUUCCAGCUAGAGUGGAACAUCCACCUGAGCAGCCCCAAGGCCGCCUCCAGAAAGCCACGGAAGCAGCGCAAGCCUCCCUCAGCCUUCCCCAGGCAGCAGCGCACCUGCUCAGCCAGCACUGCCUGUAGGGAGCCCUUUGCACCCAGGCAGCGGGAAUGUGUGCCCCUGCGCAUUGCCCGAAAACCAGGGAACCAGAUGGAAGCCGUGUGGAAGAUGGAUGUGGCCUCUUCCAGCCACCCCAUAGAUAAGACGCCCGUGAGCCUGCCCUGGGACCCGCAGAGGGGCGGCCCAGAUGUCCCCCGCAUGCUGGCCCUGGAGGUGCAUUCCUGCUUGCACAAGAGCCUGACAUCCCUCCAGGCCCGCAGCCCUGGAGCAGCACAGCAGCCUUGGAGUGCCUUCGCUGCCCAGAAGAAGCAACACCAGGAGCCGACAGAGGAGUCAGCCAAGUCUGCCUGCAAAAAGUCGAGAGAGGCCGUCGCUGGGACAGAGAAGGGCAGUGAGGAUGAAGACAGCGCCAGUUCGCAGCCCCCACCUUAGCCAGCGGGCAUCGAGCUUGGAACAACAGGUGCCCAGCCGCUGUGCUGCUCAGCAGCCCCCGAGCACUUCUGCCCUCCUCCCA